AUGGCUAAACAUUUGUCAAGAAAUAUAUUGAAACAAAUGUCAUCAUUGAUGAUAUCAAAUGUCAAAGUUAACUGUCCGUCCGCAUCGACCACAGCAUCCGAUUCCACGAGUGUUAUGUUGAAGACGAACAUCAGUUGUCCAGUGGUUCACAAGACAUGCACUCAAUCUGCCCGUCAUAUAAACUAUGCAAUUACGGGAUGUCCUGUUACGGGCGCCAAAUCUUUAAGUCCAGAGAUACCGACCACUAAAACAAAUCAAGUUCUUCCAUACGAAUCCCUACCGACGCCCAAAGGUUUACCAUUAAUAGGAACAUUGUUUGAUUUGAUCCGAUCGGGUGGUGCUCAGUAUACACACUUGUAUUGUGAUCGAAGACAUCAUGAAUUGGGUCCCAUUUAUAAGGAAACUUUGGGUAAUGUUGAGGCUGUCUUCAUAGCCGACGCCGCACUUAUGCAAAAGGUUUAUCAGUUUGAGGGCAAAUAUCCACAACAUAUGGUACCGGAGCCAUGGAUUAUCUACAAUGAAAUCAAUGGUAUUAAGCGUGGAUUGUUUUUUAUGGAUGGCCCGGAAUGGAGUGAACGCCGCAAAAGUUUAAACAAAGUUUUCCUAAAGUCUCCGACAAUUAGCGAAUAUUCAGAUAUUUUCAAUUCAGUCGCCACCGACUUUGUUCACAAUUGGGACCAACUUUUUACCGGUAAUAAUGGCCAGUCAUCGGACAAUGCUUUGGUCACUAAACUCGAGAAAGAACUAUACAACUGGUCCAUUGAAUCAUUAGGAACAAUGAUAUUUGGUAGACGUCUCGGUUGUAUUCCAAUGCCUAAUACUGGUGCCAGUGAUGACACACAGAAGCCAAUGACAAACAUACAUGAGUUUGUUCAUUGUGUUCAACAAAUAUUUGUUGAAUCGGCAAACAUGCAGUUAAUACCACCCAAACUGGCUUUUAAACUCAAUUUACCCGUUUGGAGACGUUUUGUGGACGCGGCCGGAAAAGCACUUAAUUUAGCUCGAAGUUAUGUGAAUGAAAAUGUUGAACAAAUAAAAAAAGAGCAAACAAUGAACAAACAGUGCGAUCGGAUGACAGGACAGGGAAUUAUUAGAGAACUUCUUGAAGAGGGAACCAUUGAUCACGAAGAGAUUGUCCGUAUUAUUGUCGAUCUGUUUAUUGCUGCCGCGGAUACGACAUCACAUGCAACUCAAUGGGCUCUGUAUUUGUUGGCCCGCAAUCCCGAGUGUCAGCAAAAAAUGUUGGAUGAGAUAAAUAGUGUAACCGGUGGACAAAUUGUUGAAGAAAGUCAUUUACCGCAACUUUCGUAUAUUAAGGGAGUCAUCAAAGAGUCACUCAGGCUAUAUCCGGUCGCACCAUUCCUGUCAAGAUAUAUGUCUCAGGACUUAGAGCUCUCAGGAUAUGACAUUCCUUCAGGAAAACUGGUAAUAAUGUCUCUCUACACGACUGGCCGAAAGUCUGAAUACUUUACAAAUCCCAAUAAGUUUUUACCGGAGCGAUGGCUCAGAGAUAAGCAGUCAUCCAACUAUCAGGCCAUCAAUACUCACGCCUGUUUGCCCUUUGGUCUGGGCGUCAGGUCUUGUAUUGGACGCCGAGUCGCAGAAAUUCAGAUGCAGUUUCUCUUAUCCCGAAUUAUACAAAAAUUUCAUUUAUCUUCGACCGCUGACAAAGAGAUCGGUAUUAAGUUACGGAUGAUUACAACACCUGAACAACCCAUCCAUUUAUCUAUUAAGAAGAGGAACAGUAUUUAA